AUGUAUUAAAAGGCUUAUAAAAAGAGUCUAGCUGAUUAAGAAACGCCUUAAUUUAUAAAAUUGUCAAAUACUUUCUAAAAUCUCAGAAAAUAAACCUUUCAAAUAUAGAUAACUGUGUGUAAAUUAAUUAAGGAAAGAGGAAAUCAAUUUUAUAAAAUGAGUAAAUUCAAAUAUAUAAUCAAAAAGAUGAUUUUUAGACUGCUUGCCAAAUUUAUGAAGAGCUUUAUUAAUUUUUUGAGUUCAGAGAAUUCAAAAAUAAUACUCUAUAUUUGAUUCAAUAUAAUGGGAAAAGUCUAGAAGAUUCGAUUGAACUUAAUUGUAACACAAUAUUAGUAAUAUAGAACUUAAAAUAGCCAUUUUGAAUAAUAUGUCAGCCACUCAUCUCAAACUUAAAUUGUAUUAAUAAACUAUAGAAAUCACAAAUUAUAUAUUACACUAUGAUCCAAAUUCUGCUAAAGCUUUAUUUAGAAGAGGAAAAGUAAUUAUAUUAAUUAUAAUUAUAAGGCUUUAUUAUCACUCUCUCCUUUGAGUUAUGAUAAUCUUAUUGCCUCUAUUGAAGAUCUUAAGAAAGCUUCAUAAAUUUAGGAUGAUGAUUUAAUUCAUAGCACAUAUAAAUAAGCUAUAGAAAUAAUGAAUAAUAGGUAAUUUAAUCCUAUAAAUUUAAUCGAAAAUGCUAAUUUAAAUUAUGAAAUUGAUUAUUCUAAGGAAGUCCCUUAAGAAAUUAAUGAAGUAAAAUAAUUUACAGAGAAUAAGGGAAUGGAAAUGUUGAAAGACUUAUAAAAAUAAGGAAAAAUAAAAGAGGCAAAUGAAUUUUUAUAAGAAUUGAAUCAAAUUCAAGAAGCUAAAAUGCAAUUAGAAUAAAUUAGUAGAAUAAAUUUCAAUAAACCAAAACCAGUAAUAUUAAUGAUUAAAAUAUUAGUAUUUUUAUGAAACUAUCAAAAGAUUGGGUGUAAAUUCUUUAUAAUUAUAAUAAGAAUUUAAGAAUAUUUAAUAUCAAUAACUUUAAGAAAUAAGAAAUAAAUUAAAAUAAUGGAAUUACUGUAAUUCAAAAGAUCUUAAUAUAAAUAAUUAAGGACUUUAAGGAGAAUAAUAAGAGUAUCCUUCAGAAAAUAAAACUUAAAAUAUCUUAUUAAUUUUAGUAGGACUUGUAUUAUUUAUUUUAAUUGGUGUUUUUGCAGCAGAAACAUGA